GAUACCAAGGGACAUAUCACAAUGGCGACGCCCAACAUCAAAUUCGGUAGCCCCGUCAUCUUCUUCGACUCACACCCCGAACAACAACCCGGCUAUGUCGCCUCAUGGGUAUACGCUUUCCGCGACCACUUGAAGAUUGCCUGGACUGGUGAUGUUCCCAAANAGUUGUUCCCCGGUACCUUGCGACUGGUUUGGUGGACCGAGCUGCAUACUAACAAAAAUUAUAGANCCGACGGUGUGCAAGGCCUUCGUGACUUCGAACUCCACCAAUCUGAGCUUAUCAAAUCACUCUGGGACUCCCUCCUCGAUAACCCUGACGUCUCUCGCGCACUUGUGACUGGAUACUCUGGUCAAAAUCCCUUCGUCCUCAGCUACGGAGACAACCCAUGGCUCACAAAAGAACAANAGGAGAAACUCAUCCGUCGUCACAACGACGAGAUGUGGGCCAAGAAGUCAGCCAAGAGAAUCGAGACGAGAAGCAAAGAGGAGAGAUUCGAAGAUGAGAAGCAGGCCAUCAAAAGGAAAGAGCAGAUUCUGGAGCACAUCGAUGAGGUUAUUCAAAGUAACGAGGAUGCUGAGAAGGAAAGAUUGUUGGCUGUGGACAGGGAGUUUGUGUAA